UUCCUAUCCAUGUUGGUUUUCCAGGUAACACACAGCAGCUACUCAGGUCUGCCCAGGUACGCUACCUAAGAGUAACGUGCAGGAAUGCUCCCAGGUGCCCAGAAAUGGCUCUAUGUUUUCUUGUAAUGUGCCAGCUGAUCGCAUGUGGAUUUUCUAGAUGUACAGGAAAAUUAAUGAAGUUGGAAAGUAAUAAACACAUUUCAGAUAAUGUUUUCAUGAAUGAAGAUGAAGCAAGCACGUUCUUAGGACGCAGUCUGUUAUACAACCAUUUUGACUUUGAGUUAAUUACUCCUGGGAAUUUGGAAAGGGAGUGUUAUGAAGAAGUGUGCAACUAUGAGGAGGCAAGAGAAGUGUUUGAAAAUGCUGAUAAAACAAGCGUUUUUUGGCAAAAGUACACCGCAGAUGGAUAUGCCAAACCAGAUGAUCAGCAGCCUCAGAGAAUAGAUGUGACGGCUCUCCUCACUGGCCUCAUUGCUGCUGGAGUGUGCUUAGUCUUCGUUGUGCUACUAAGCUGGUAUUGUUGUCAAAAAAUAUGCAAAGGUCACAGCCGACCAGGUUCUUCAGUUGGUCGUGUGAGGCGAAGCAAUGCUUCUCUUAUUAUUAGGAGACUGGAAGAAGUGUCGCUCACCCCUGUACACCCAGCAGCAGAGGGACCAGGACUUCCUUCAUAUGCGCAGGCAAUUGCAACAUCCGGACAAUAUGAUGCACCCCCACCUCCUUAUCCAGGAUCUCCAUCAGGAACAAUGCAAAAGUAGCAAGAAAAGAAGAACUCCUCGGUUGGGUGUUUCAUGUCAUUUUUAAAUAAUUGUUUUAAGUUUUAAUCCAAUUUCUAUGUACAUUUUCUGCACAUCAGAAUCAUUUUAAAACACCCAAUAAUGCUACAGAACAAGACGAACAAAACAUUUAAAUACCAAAGAGCUCUUAGACAAAUUUCCUUAAUUGUUUAUUCCAAGUUUAGUAAAUUCAAAGGGUGUCAUUGAAACUGGAGUAAGUUGUGAAUUUCAGCCUUCAAGUCACAGAACACUAGAUACUAUGCAUUGCUGCAGAUGUCCUUUGAAAUAUUUUUGCAUUAGAUUUCUCCCCCAACAUUUGUCAGCUCGAGUAUUUUUCCUGCAGCAACUGUUUUUCGUAGAGAACGGUUUACUGCUACCGUUUUCUUUCAGAAUUAGGGUCCCUCUCAAUCACGGGCAGUACAGUGAAAUCCUCUUGUUGGUAGUAAUCUAUACAGAAAAGUAUCAAAACAACUGCAAAACAAAAAAAGCAUGACAAGAACUCUUAUUUCAGAGGAUGUUGUAAGUGUAUGUUGUUUAAUUUUUGGUUCUUUUUAUAUAUUUUUUAAUUAUUUGAAAUAAAAUAGUAUUGAUACUUUGA